UACCAAAUUCUUUAAAAACAAUGAUGAAAUAAUUUUCUUUAAACCAAGUAAAGAAAAACAAAAUUUUCAUAAAAAUGAAAAGAAAAGAGAAUAUGUUGCCGAGUUCACUCGUUCAAAAACUCAGCAGAAAUGGAAUAAGCAUCGCAUUAAUUCGCUAAUACACAAUUAACCAUAGUUAAAAGUAAAAAAAGAAUCAUGAAUAAAAUCUCCUAAACUCGAUAUCUUUCUUCUUAAAACAAGAAACCCCAUAACCGUCCUUCACCAUGAUCUGUUCUCUCCCUAUUUUUCAAAUUUCACUUCCAUCACGUUCUCUUUUCGGAUUCCGACCGUCUAUCGCCGCCGCCUCCACCACCAUCACCAGUACUUAUGCUUCCAAAAAAGACAAAGGUUCGACAGGCGGUUAUCUGAGCCGUCCAGGAAUGGCACCCUGUACGUCGUUGUACGAAGUGCUAGGGAUAUCCGUGGGUGCCUCAAAUCUGGAAAUCAAGGCGGCGUACCGACGGUUGGCAAGGGUUUGCCAUCCCGACGUGGCUGAAAUUGGCCGGAAAGACUUGUCCGCCGAGGAGUUCCUGAAGAUACACACGGCUUACAGUACCUUAUCGGAUCCCGAGAAACGAGCCGUAUAUGAUAGUAAGCUUAUCUGGAGACGCCAAAGGCCGUUGGUUUCGGCUUCUAGGUUUACCGUAUAUAAUAAGGGGAGGAGUUGGGAGACCGAUCAGUGCUGGUAAUCGAGUUGACUCACUCUCCUACUCACGCUACCGAACAGUGCAUGUACCAGUUGGUUAUAAAAAGCACCGGAAGGUUUUGAGGGAGAAAUCAGAGCCCUUGCUUGUGCCACGUAAGAGCGCUUUUUUUUUCUUCUUCUUGUUUUUAUUGGCUGAUGCACGAUAAAAGAGAGUGUGAGAAAAUACAUGUAUAGAGAAGAAAAAGCUUUCGUUUGUUUAAAUUUAAACAGAAUCGGUCUUUGCUCACUAA